GGCUUAUUCCUUUCCCACAAGUUUACUUAAAUGGGUCUUUUGCUGCCUAAUUUUGCAUAUAUUUAGUCACUUUCCUCUAAAUACAUGUAUGCUGCUUACCAUCUAACAGCUAAGUUUUAAUAAAAGCUCAUUUAAAUCUGUUAAUUUAUACAAAUCUGCCACUGGGUAGAUUUAAUUUUUUUGGGAAGAAUGGGGGAGUGUGGGAGUGUAGUGUUUUAGCACCGAUGAAAGCCUAAAGUGAGGGAAAGAAUGAGGACACUUCCAGAAUAAUUUGAUCAGAAACAUGUUUCACUGCAUAUAGAUAUAGGUAAAUAUUGAUAUUGGUAUUGAUAUAGCAAAGAGAGACUGAGGAAGUAAUGUUUUGAUUGGUUGGUUUAAUAAGAAUUCCUAAUUAAGGGAGGGAAUGGCCUUUUUUCUGCACGAUAAAAGUUUAGUCAACUUGGGUGACCUGUAUUCCUCGCCUAAAGAAUUCCUGUAUGGCACACCCCGUUCAAUGUUACAGGAAGGCAAACAAUAACAUAGCAAUUUAAUAAAUUUAUCCACAUGGGAUUAAUGUGUGGUAUUGAUGGAAUUAAUGUGUGUUUAGUCACUGAAGGACCUUGCUAUGAGGUAGGAUUGGAUUUAAUUGAUCUCAUCUUCCUCUGAAUUAUGCAAUUACUUGUGCCAUCCUCAAGACUGCAAUAGGACAUCAGGUGUGGAAUCAGAUGGGCAAAGGAAGGUAUUGUAGGGAGCAAACAUCUUCCUUGCAGUAAUAAGCUGGAACUCCCAGAAUCCUCCUGAAAAGCUUCUGGGUCAGAUGUCAGGGACUGGCAGGUCUCUGAGGAGUGUGUGACAGAGUCAGGGCCCCCUGAAGCUAAUCUAAGGGAAGGGGCUAAUAGAAGGGGGGAAAUCUAAGCAGUCAGUGAUGAAAGGAGGAGGUGCAGAACAUGGCAGGAAUGGAGGAAGAGACUGUUCUGGAGAGGAACAGGAUGAUAAGAUUCCCUUCCGCCCCCUUCCCCACUGUCUCCAAGGAUCAGGAGGGGCUUCAAAAGGCAGGCAGAGCAGCAACUUCCAUGUAGAAGAAACCACAUGUUGUUUAUGAAUGCCCCAUCAGGCGAGGGUACUUAAGUUUGGAUGGAGGCAUGGUCAUGCCAUUGCUCCAGCAGUCCAGCUCAGGGCAGAAGCCUGGGGAGGCGAUACCAGCUACUUAGUUGCCAAAACGGUGUGUGUGCUCAGUGCACCUGCAAGUGUGUGCUUUCUCAACAGAGAAUUAAACCACAGUCUCUUUGUCCUCUUGGGCUAGGUGUGCUCAGGUCAUGAAGUCAUCUCACCGGUCUUACUUGCUAUACACCACCAGUGUCUCAGUUCUGUCAUCAAGCUUACAAGAGCUGGGUCCAACACCUAGGAGGUAGGAUGCAACUGCUGCAAACCACUUGUGGCAGAAUCUAUUUAUUGUAAGUGAUACCAUAAAGUAGCAGUGUGGUGCAAUCCUAUUCCCCUUUGUUAAGAACUAAGCUCUACUGAAUCCAGUCAGACUUGCUACCAGGUAUGCAAAGGACUGCAGCCCAGGAAUGGUUUCUGGGGAAAAGAUGACACAGAACAUUGCUGAUUCGUUACUACUUGGAAUGCUGGGGAGAGAACAGCCUGUCUAGAUAGAUAUCCAUGGAAUUCUGUAAAAUUUCUCCCAAAGUUACAUGCUGCUGCUUUCUAAAAUAGUGGGUACUGGAGGCUUUUAAUUGGAACCAGCAAAGGCAGGAUAACGAAGGGAUGCAAACUCUUCCUCUACUGCCUUCUCAAAUACCAUUGCCUUUUUCUAUUCUAGUUCUCAGCAACUUUUUCUAGAAAAGAUGCAGGUCUAGUACAGUGGAUGCUCAGGCUGCGAAUGUGAUCUGUGCGGGAUGCACAUUCUCAACCUGCAGCUGCACGCCUGCGCAUGCACGGGUUGUGAUUUGGCACUUCUGCGUAUGUGCAAAGCGCGAAUUACCACUUCUGCACAUGCGCGACUGCUGAAACCUGGAAGUAACCCGUUCCAGUACUUCCGGGUUUUGGUGGUCUGUAACCCCCCAAAAAAAACCCGCAAUCUGAAGCUUCUGUAACCCGAGGUAUGACUGUAUAUAACACAUGGCCUCCCGUCUCCCUUCCAUCAGUUCCUAGUUACAGUUUCCAGUGGUUGCUUCUCCCCCCCCCCAAAAAAAAAACAAAAUCGGGAUGGGGGGAGGAGUUCUACAGCACAUCCUGUUCUGUGCAGGUCCUGAGAUACAUUUCUUCCAUGUCUGUUAAAUGACUGAUCUUCUAUGUCCCACAACUAGCACAAGUGAAUUAUACUUUGUAGAGACCACUUCUACAAAGAGUCCUUUGCAUGGUUCUUCUCUUGUUCACAAGUCAUCCCAAGGGAAGCAAAAAUCCAGGUCACCCAUGAGUAUUCUUGUGCAGAUAGGAAACUAAGACCAGGGAGUAAUGAUCUGUUAAAAAUAUCCCAUGAAUUCAUGGUUUAACAGGAAUUUGGAAACCAGAUCUCUUUGUCAUGGAUGCUUUAGUUGUGAUGCACUGCAGGGGAUUGGACUAGAUGAUCCUUGGGGACCUUUCCAACUCUAAGAUUCUAGGGAACCCAGCACUCUAGGCAUUGCAGAUUUCCAGUAUUUUAAUGAUGCAUAAACAUGGUUUAAAGAAUACACACAAAUAUUGUUGUUCUUUUUCCUCUUCCAAUAUUGUUGUUGUUUUUCCUCUUGCUAUUAAGAAAUAAAAUAAAAAUAUUAACAUGGAAACCUGAGACUGUUGGCUCCCUUGGAAGCAAUGGUGCCUGUUGAAUGUUAGGACUAGCAGGGUGGAAGGUAGGGAGGCCAACAGUAGCGGGAGCCAGCGCCACUGACAGGCAGAGGCAACUAAUUCUAGUUUUGACCCCAUCCUUCCCUGUUACAUUCUUGAAGGGCAACACUGGCCCAGAAUACCUGAAGGAGCAUCUCCACCCCCAUCGUUCAGCCCGGACACUGAGGUCCAGUGCCAAGGGCCUUCUGGUGGUUCCCUCACUGUGAGAAGUGAGGUUACAGGGAACCAGGCAGAGGGCCUUCUCUGUAGUGGCGCCCACCCUGUGGAACGCCCUCCCAUCAGAUGUUUUAACAUCUUUCUGCUGUUUACCACCACAUGGACUCCAAUGGUUUAGGGCAGCACAUGUGCUUCAGUAUAAGGCAUCUUUUUAUACUCCUAAGAUUUUAGCCUUAGAGAGGCUGUGUCUUUUUCAGCUCAUCUGAGCAUUCCAUAUCUUUAAAACAAUCAGGUUUUUGAAAUAGUAUUCUGAUCACUACCACACACUGCUACCACCAAUUCUGAAACUUUCAGGCAGAUUUGCCACGUCUCCAUUUGCAGAGGACAGUCAAAAUCUUUGAGCAGGAAAUCAGGUUGACCACUUGACCCAUUGAAGAUAUGCAUUACCAAUGCCUUUCACAUCCACUGUGACUUAAACAACCUUCCAUGUUUACCAUGACUCACUCCUAGGAUACAGAAAGUUGCCACCCAGUGCAUCUGUGCAGCCUUUGGCAAUCAAUUUUACAUCCUUUCAUCUGCCUGCCUGCCUUGCUCUCUACCAACUUCCAUGCUGGUUUUGUAUACAUUGCUUCCACUGGGCAGGAUCGGCAGCAAAGGUCCACCUGAGCAGGGAAUAAAGAAACAGGGGGAGGAGUCUGAGUCUUCCUCACCUCCCCAAAAAGAGAUGCACAUGGGAGUUAGGCUUUGAAUUUGCUUAAGUGCCCAGGUAUGCAUAUUAAAAUAAAUGAGAAAUGUUGAAAAGUGCAGACCGAACUUUGCAAAUAAUAAAUUCAAGCUUUGAAUACACUGUGCCUGAAUGCUUCUUAUCUCUGCAUUUUUGACAUUAUUUUCCAUAGGUGAUGUUUGGGAGGAUUUUCCUGAAAUGGCAAUUCUAACUCAUCUUCUUACUUUCUUUUCUGUUCAAUGAUGCAUCACAGCCAAUGCAAAUUCAGGAGAAAUCAAGAUUUCAGUCAACACUAGCCAAAGGACAAGAAGAAGCCCACCAUCUCAAAACCCUCCUCAACGGAGCAGCUUUCAAACGAGUAUCCCUUUUAUUACCUGGCAUGCCUAUUUUAUGCAACACCUCGAUAAACAUGUCAACUGUGCCAGGAUCGAAAAAUCAAGUAUCAAAAUAUUGAGGCGUGAACCACCUGCUCUGAAAGUACUGGCAACCAGCAGACUUUGGGGUAUGUUGAAAAGAGGGGGGAAUAAGGGAAAGAUUGGAGAGUAUUUCCCUGGCAACAGAGCAGUACUUGUUCCCCAAGUCACUAAAGGAUGCAGAAAACGCCUGUCAACAAUGGCCUUUUCCAAAUCCAAUGAAGGUCGAAAAUUAGCAGGCAGGCAAUUCUUAGUCUAUCGAACAAAACAACAGCAGAGUCAUUGAGGGCUGGGAGUCUAAUCCUUCCAGCUUUACCCCCUUCACACACACACACACACACGAAGUAAACUGCAUGGUAGUUAGAUUCCCAAAUGCUUGCAUCCAAAACGCACGCAUCACGUUUCCGAAUGCUGUAGCGUAUAGCGCUGCAAUUUUGUUUUGUCACAAAGAUGUCAUUAGCAAGAGCAUAUGCUAAACACCUAGAUGCAGUAGGGUACGAUGCCCGAAUAGUAUUCCGUUCCCACAUGAACCCAGUGAUGGUUCCAUGAGCCUCCUACCCCUCCCCCCCUUUCGCAAAAAGAAAGAAACGUUGCUCCAAAACAGGCGUCAAAAUGAAAGAAGAAGGCAAAAAAAGGAACGGGGUGCGCGCCACGCACGUUUCUCGCCCGCAGGAACAAAACGAGAAAAGAAAAAGGGGGGAAAGUCAGUGCCUCAUCUCGAGCAACCAAAUAUCCUCCAAAUGUCGUAAUUUGGACACAUCUCUCCUGAAAGCCUCCCUCCCCCCCCAGCCUGACUCGUAUGCGCUGGGACCCUUUAAACAAAGAGGAGCGGCUGGUAGGGAGAGGGAAAGGGGUCCCUGUUUUGGUCGCCUCCUUAAGAAAUGCCUCGCCGCUGCAGCUGUCGAUUGCGCGCGCGCGCGCGCGUGUGCAUACGUGUGUGUGUGUUUGAGCAAAGGCGAGCGGAGCUUAAAGUAUUUUCCAUUUCAUCAGAGAACAUAUAUCCCUUUACUGGUUCACUAAAAUGUUGGCUUUUUUUUUUUUUUUUAAUGCCCACCCCUUUUCCCAUUCGCCCCUGUCUGCUGCGAAGCGCGGCGCAGGCAUACAAUCGCCGAGAGCUCACGACGCUCAGUGAGCGCUCGGUGCCUCUGCGUGCUGUAGCUACAUACUGCUUCUGCUGGAAGGAAGGGAUCCUGGGCUGCCGCUCUCGCUCUCUGAUCUUAAGCAUCUCCGAACCAGCAAGGCGAACCAGCAAUGGGGAAUAAAGCCAUCUUUAUGCCGCCGGUCCGGUCAGGGAAGGAAUGUUAAAGCUGCAUCAGAGGAGUCAAUAAAAAACAAAACAAAAACAAAAAAAAUUGGUGCUUGCCGCCGCCCGCGUCUGCAAGGAUGGACAUGAAAGGGAAUGUCAAAUCCUGGGAAGCCGUUAAGUAAAGAGGUUUUGUUUUUUGGGGGUUUUUUUGGAAGGGGUUUCUCUCUCUUUUUCCCCCCUUUCAUUUUUUUCUCCUUGCCCUCCCCCUCCUCUCUCUCCCUCCCCACGUCACAGUAUUAACCGCAGAGGAAGGGAGGGAAGAAAAAAAAAAAAAGAACAGAGAGGGAGAGGGGGGGAAAGGCAAGGAAGGAAGGAAGGAAGAUCAAGCCUUAUGCCCAUACUUCUGAAACUUGAAGGUCCUGGGAGUCAGCUUAAAAAUCAGGGAGGAGAGUGGAGAGGAGGGGAGAGAAGCUAGCUGGACUUGCCUCUCGCCCUUUGAGACGGAGCAAAGUGAGACAUUGUGAGCCUGCCAGCCUCACAGAACGCUGAAAGAGACAGAAUUUGUAGCAACAGAGAGCUCUUUUGGAGCCUUGCAUAUAAUUAAGUCCAAACACAAAGGAAUCCGCUGAAUGGAGGUUGUCACUCUCUGGAAAAGGGUGGGUAAGGCACUUUUUAAUUUCAUUCUUUCGUGAAGAGAGAGAUCUUUUUUUUCCUUUUUUUAUUCUAAAGUAAUUGUUCUUUUCUAUGCCGCGGCAGCUAAAAUGGACAAGACCCCUUGUACCUUUUGAAUGCCUCUCUGAACUUUAAUGCUGUACAGAUUUUUGCAUGCUGUUUUGUUUUGUUCUUUUUUAAAAACAGGGCAAAAGCCCCGAAAGUGAAAUCUUUGGCCCCCAUGGUUCUCUUGUUUUUGCCUCGCCCCCACCCCCUCGCCCCCUGUUUUACAUACAAUAUGAUGCAGAAUUCGUAAAGGGAACUGUCGGACAAAAGAUUCAAUGGACAUUCUCGAGCGCAUUUGGGGAUAUUCUCGCUAAUGGAUUUCCUUCUUAUUGGUGUCUGUUUAAACUGGCUGCUGAGGAAGCCCCCAGGGUUGAUCCUGUGCACACUGGGUCUCUUUUUCAAAAUGCUUCCAGCCGUGAAUAGUGGGUGUCCGCAGCUCUGCCGGUGCGAGGGGAGACUCUUCUACUGCGAGUCCCUGAAUCUCACAGAGAUGCCGCACAACCUGUCGGGCGUGAUGGGCUUGUCGUUGCGGUACAACAGCCUUUCCGAGCUGCCUGACGGACAGUUCACAGGGUUAAUGCAACUCACGUGGCUAUAUCUGGAUCACAAUCACAUUUGCUCAGUGGAGGAAAAUGCCUUUGAAAAGCUGCGGCGAGUUAAGGAGCUCACCCUGAGUUCCAACAAAAUCACACAACUGCCCAACACCACCUUCCGGCCCAUGCCCAACUUGCGCAGUGUGGAUUUAUCCUACAACAACCUGCAGGCUCUGGAGCCGAACCUGUUUCACGGCUUGCGGAAGCUGACGACGUUGCACAUGCGGUCCAACGCCAUCAAGUUUGUGCCUGUCCGAAUAUUCCAAGACUGCCGCAGCCUGAAGUUUCUGGACAUAGGAUACAAUCAGUUGAAAAGCCUGGCUCGAAACUCUUUUGCAGGCUUGUUCAAACUAACCGAGUUGCACCUGGAGCACAAUGACUUGGUGAAAGUGAACUUGGCCCAUUUCCCCAGGCUCAUCUCCUUGCACUCCCUCUGCUUGCGCAGGAAUAAAGUCACUAUCGUGGUGAAUUCCUUGGACUGGACAUGGAAAUUAGAGAAACUGGACCUCUCGGGCAACAAGAUUGAAUACAUGGAGCCUCAUGUUUUUGAAAGUGUACCUCAACUCCAGUCCCUGCAGCUGGAUUCCAACCGGCUCACCUACAUCCACCCGAGGAUCCUAAACUCCUGGAAGUCCCUCGUGAGCAUCAGCCUUUCUGCAAAUGUCUGGGAUUGUGGACGUAACAUUUGCGCCUUGGCCUCUUGGCUGAGCAACUUCAAAGGCCGCUACGACAGCAACCUCCUCUGUGCCACCCCUGAAUACACACAGGGUGAGGAUGUCUUAGAUGCAGUAUAUGCUUUUCACUUAUGCGAAGAUGCAACGGACCCAACGAUGGACAUUAACCUCCUGUCUGCUGUGGCAAACAACAGUGACCAAACAUUCAGCUACAGCCCUGCCACAAUGAACUACGAUGUGCAGGAUAUCGAAGGGGAUAGAACGACAAAUGCCAUCACGGUAACUAUGCCCAACGAGAACACCGAGAAUGCUGUUCAGAUCCACAAGGUGGUCACAGGGACCAUGGCCCUCAUCUUCUCGUUCCUCAUAGUAGUUUUGGUGUUGUACGUUUCAUGGAAGUGUUUCCCUGCCAGCCUUAGGCAACUGAGACAGUGUUUUGUGACACAGCGCAGGAAGCAAAAACAAAAACAAACCAUGCAUCAAAUGGCUGCUAUGUCAGCCCAGGAGUAUUACGUUGAUUACAAACCCAACCAUAUUGAAGGUGCUCUGGUGAUCAUUAAUGAGUAUGGAUCCUGUACUUGCCACCAGCAGCCAGCAAGGGAAUGUGAGGUGUGAUUUAAUUCUUUUCCAGUGGGGGAUUUAACACGGUGUGUGCAACCAAAUAGCAGUGGGCAAAUUAAAGGACAGUUGGAGGGUUGACGUUUGCUUACCAAUGCCCUUCUUUGCUGAAAUUGUUUAAAAAAAAUAAAAAGAGGAGCUGUCCCAAAAAAAGAGAGACUUGAUAUUUUAGCUUUAUUGUGGCUUAAAACCUUCAAGACAUUCAACUUUCAAAAAGAAAUAAGAUAUUUCACAUUAACAGCUCUCUUUACAGAUCUGUCAAUAUUCAGAAAAAAAAAUCAGAGUGUAAAAAAGUACCAAUUAUUGAUUUUUUUUGCAAAACUACAACAAAAAUAUGUUUAAAAUAAAAGCAAAAUAGCAUUUACAGU